AUGGUGUUCAUGCAGAGUUACUGUGAAGCCAAUUCCUCCAUCUCCCACACCUGGGUGGAUGAGGGCAUCUCGCCUUGCUUCUACUUCACACUGGUCCCCACCAUCCUGCUCACUAUCGCCUUCUUCCUCGGCACCAUCCACUUCAUAUUCUAUCAGAAGUAUGGCACGGCAAUGGAGCCCAAGUUCAUCCCACGCUCCCGCCUCUACGGCUUCCAGCAGGCCGUCUCCAUCCUCCUCCUGGUCCAGUCUCUGGGUGGGAUGGUGUGGCGGGCUGCCAGUGGCGGAGAGCUCCCGGGCUAUGUGGUGUUGUACGGCUGCUUCUCGGCGGGGGGCUGGGCCUGGGCCAUAGCCGUGCUCCGGGUGGAAAGACGAAGGGUCCUGGUGAUGGACCGAACAAGGGGCCACAGCGCGGCCCUGCUGCUGUUCUGGGCUGUGGCUUUCUCAGCUGAGAACUUGGCCUUUGUCUCCUGGUAUAGUCCACACUGGUGGUGGAGCCUAGAGACAACUCAACAACAGGUCCAGUUUGCUCUGUGGCUGAUGCGCUACAUGGGCACCGGGCUGCUCUUCUUCAUCGGUCUCAAAGCUCCAGGGCUGCCACGGAGACCAUACAUGCUGCUGAUAAAUGAAGAUGAGCGGGACGUGGAGAACAGUGGGCAGAGCCUUUUGGGCAGAACAGAAGACAACCCAUCCACCUGGCAGGGUUUCAGGAAGAAAGUCCGUCUCCUGGUUCCCUACAUGUGGCCCCGGAACAACAUCAUCCUCCAGCUCCUGGUCAUUUUCUGCUUGGGGCUGCUUGGAAUCGAGAGAGCCAUUAAUGUCUUUGUACCCAUUUACUACAAGAAUAUUGUGAAUGAACUGACUGAUGGCAGCAGCUGGAGAACUCUGGCCACCACAGUGUGUGUUUAUGUCCUGCUCAAGUUUUUGCAGGGCGGCGGGGCAGGUGCCUCAGGGUUUGUCAGUAACAUGCGCUCCUUCCUGUGGAUCCGGGUGCAACAGUACACUAACCGCGUGGUUCAAGUGCGCCUCUUUUCCCACCUUCACUCCCUUUCCCUGCGCUGGCACCUGGGCCGCAAAACCGGCGAUGUGCUGAGGAGCAUCGACCGCGGCACCUCGUCCAUUAACAGCCUGCUCAGCUACAUAGUGUUCAGCAUCUUCCCAACCAUUGCCGAUAUCGUCAUCUCUAUCAUCUACUUCAUCACCAAUUUCAACGCCUGGUUCGGCCUUAUUGUCUUCAUCUGCAUGGCCUUGUACCUCACUCUGACCAUUAUCAUCACUGAGUGGAGAGCCAAGUACAGACGAGACAUGAAUAUGCAGGACAACAACGCCAAGUCGAAGGCUGUGGACUCCUUGUUAAACUUCGAGACGGUAAAAUACUACAAUGCGGAGAACUACGAGGUUGGCCGUUUUGAGGGUGCCAUCUUGAAAUAUCAGGAGUCGGAGUGGAAGACCCAGGCGUCCCUGGCCUUCCUCAACCAAACACAGAACCUCAUCAUCGGAUCAGGCCUGCUGGCUGGCUCCCUGCUCUGUGCCUACUUUGUGACUGAAGGAAGAUUUCAGGUCGGAGAUUUUGUCCUCUUUGGCACCUACAUCAUCCAGCUGUACACCCCCCUCAACUGGUUUGGAACCUAUUACAGAAUGAUCCAGAAUUCCUUCAUUGACAUGGAAAGCAUGUUCAAGCUUUUUGAAGAAGACGAAGAGGUGAAAGAUGACGUAAACGCAGGGAAUCUUCUCUACAAACUGGGAAAACUUGAAUUUGAGAAUGUUUACUUCAGCUACACAAAUGGGAAGGAGAUUCUCAACGAUGUUUCCUUCACUGUACUUCCGGGACAGACAGUUGCCCUGGUGGGACCAUCGGGCUCUGGAAAGAGCACCAUUGUUCGACUCAUCUUCCGUUUCUAUGAUGUUCAAGGAGGCUGCAUUCGCAUCGACGGCCAGGAUAUAUCAAAAGUGAAGCAGGUAUCCCUGAGAGCUCAUAUCGGCGUGGUUCCCCAGGAUACCGUGCUUUUCAACGACACCAUCCAGAACAACAUCCGCUACGGCCGCAUCUCUGCCAGCGACCAGGAGGUGGAGGAGGCUGCUAUAGCUGCUGACAUACAUGAUAAAAUCAUGACCUUCCCUGAAGGUUAUGAUACACAGGUGGGUGAAAGAGGUCUGAAGCUCAGUGGAGGAGAGAAGCAACGAGUGGCCAUCGCCAGAACGAUCCUGAAAGCACCACAGAUCAUCCUGCUCGACGAGGCCACAUCUGCACUGGACACACAGACGGAGCGCAACAUCCAGGCCUCAUUGGCUAAAGUCUGCGCCAAUCGUACAACAGUUGUUGUUGCUCACAGAUUGUCCACCAUAAUCGGAGCGGACCAGAUUCUGGUUAUUAGCGAUGGCCGAAUCGCUGAGAGAGGACGACACGAGGAGUUGCUGCUCAAGGGAGGCUUGUACGCCGACAUGUGGAUGAACCAGCAGCAGGCCCAGGACUCGGACUCCUCGUCAGAAUCUGAGUCCAAAGACCGCAAGUCUGAGAAGUUGCAACCGCCGUCCACCUCGGGGGACCACGGCCACUGAAUGUGUCGCUCUGUGCUUUCUUUUAGAGAACUCUACAUUUUGAUUCCCCUCUUUAAUGUUAAAAAAAAAAAAGCAGGUGGAUGACGGUAAAGCAAAGGAACACUCAGUUAAGAUGAACAUUUUAUUUAUUUUUAGGAAAUUCAAACUGAAUGUGCAAUGGCAAGUCAUGGAGAUAAGGGAAGGUGCUAGUAAAAAUAAUAAGGUACAAACCCAGGUCGUGUCCAACUGUGUCAAAAGACACCCCGAGAUAUUAAUUGUGAUUAUUGCCAAGAUUUUAUUAUUUCAUUAUUCGCACCAGAUCUUCUUUUAAGAAUAUUAUUUUAAGAAGCGCUCCUGCCACCUUUUUUUUAAAAAAAAAAGUUUUAGUCUUUAUUUUCCAUAUUAAACACUGACUUUUGUUUGUUUGUCUUUUCACAGUUAAACCUGAAAUAGUCUUUGACAUGGACAUUAUUUAGAGAUGUAAAAUUGCAAGAAAUGAGGGGGGAUAAAAAAAAAAAAAAGCUCUAAUCACAGCAUCAGCACUGCAUCUUGUUGAAUUCUGUUGCCCACCAAAUAAUAUCACACAACUGACAUCAAGUUGGCGUACGAGCUGCCAGGGAUUUCAUUCAGCUGUGUUUUAUUUAUACGUUUUCGGUAGUUGAUUUUCUGAGCUGUUAUUUAAAGUGAUGUUUUUUUUAUAUAUAUGAUGUGUAAGCCUCUGUAUACUUUGGAUCACUUAGGUAAAGCGGGGUGUGCUGCUUGUCAGAUCAUUGUGUUUUCUGCAUUUUUAUUGGAAGAUUAAUGAGUACGCUGUUUGUCAAUCAUGUUGUUUUUUUGUUUUUUUUAAUGAUUUAAAGGUAAGGUACAACAUAAGGUACAAUCCACGUCUGCCUGUCAUUGGCAGUUAAAGUCAAUAGAAAACCAUGAAAAAGACAUCCCAUCAAACUAAACCCGCCCACGCAGUAACAACAGCCUACCCACCAUUAUUCUCACUCACUGUAAUGUGUAAUUAUAUGCCGUCAUAUACACAAUAUCUGACUUUUCUGGAUGUCUGUUUCUACCUCAUAAAAGGUGUUGUCCAUGAUUAUUACAUUUUGUAAAUGUUCUGUUGUCUUGCAUUGAAAGAUGCGAAUAAAGGGUUGUUUCUUC